AGAAAAUAUCCACAGAGUGCAGGUCAUAAAAUCAAAAAUUAUUUUUUCUUUGUAAUAUACCUCUAACUAAGACCUAAUAAUACGAUACGAUAUUAUCAAUAUUACCAUUUGUCAACUUGCGAAUGGCAAUUUAUACAUCCAGGGUAAUAGAGAAACAAUUUCCUGGCAAAUAUUAUUGUUGUGUCAAAAGAAUAGUUCACAUUUCUCAUUUCCCAGCUCUUUAUCCCUUUUUUUUCAGUUUUAUUCGAAAGUAAGUAGUUUUAGAUCCUUUCAUAUUGAGAUUUCCUAAGUAACUAUUUGAUUGAUGUGGUAGGUAAUCUGUGAUUAUUCAUUCGUCUCUGUGAUUAUUGAUUAGUUUACUUUUUUCUGUGAAUUCUGCUUGCCAAUCAACAAAUAAAGCCUGAAUCAACUUUUUUGAUGAUGGGAAUAAAAUCAGAUAUCUUAUAAUAUCAUUUAAUCAUAUAAAAAAUAAGCAUGGCUUUGAGAACAUAUGGAGAUAAACCCGCCAGUUUUCAACUGGAAGAAAAUGGGGAAUAUUAUUGUGUUGGAUCUGAGGUCGGUAAUUAUCUGAGAUUAUUCAGGGGUUCUCUUUACAAGAAAUACCCUGGUAUGUACAGAAGAUGUUUGACAAAUGAAGAAAGAAAGAGGUUAAUAGACUUGGGAUUAAGCCAACAUGUUUUAGCGAGUAGUGUAUCUUUAUUAAGAGCUACUGAAGUCGAAGAUAUUAUCGAAGGAAAUGAUGAAAAAUAUAAGGCAGUAUCUGUACAUACCUCUGAUCCUCCUCUUCCAAGGGAAGGAAAAUCAAAGAAGAACAUGCAGUGGGUUCCUUCUUUACCAAACUCAAGUCACUUAGAUGCAGUACCUCAAGCUACUCCUAUAAAUAGAAAUCGUGUUGCUUUGAAAAAGGUGAGGACUUUCCCUUUAUGUUUUGAUGACACUGAUCCACAGAUUAAUAUGGAAAAUGCAACUCUAAAUGAGGUAUUAGUACCGAUUAGAUUAGAUAUGGAAAUAGAGGGGCAGAAAUUAAGAGAUACUUUCACUUGGAAUAAGAAUGAGAGCCUUAUAACUCCAGAACAAUUUGCUGAAGUAUUAUGUGAUGAUCUUGAUCUGAAUCCAUUGGUUUUUGUACCUGCUAUCGCUCAAGCUAUCCGCCAACAAUUAGAUGCUUUCCCAGCAGAACCACCAACAAUUUUAGAAGAGAGUACAGAUCAAAGAGUCAUUGUGAAAUUGAAUAUACAUGUAGGAAAUACAUCUUUGGUUGAUCAGGUUGAAUGGGAUAUGGCUGAAAAACAGAAUAAUCCAGAGGAAUUCGCCCUAAAACUUUGUGCUGAACUCGGUCUUGGGGGUGAGUUUGUUACAGCCAUUGCUUAUUCAAUUAGAGGUCAAUUAAGUUGGCAUCAAAGAACUUAUGCUUUUGCUGAGGCACCUUUACCAACAGUUGAAGUACCAUUCAGACCUCCCAGUGAAAGUGAUCAAUGGGCGCCUUUCUUGGAGACACUUACAGAUGCUGAAAUGGAGAAGAAGAUAAGAGAUCAAGACAGAAACACAAGAAGGAUUAGACGGUUGGCGAAUACCACACCUGCAAAAUCUGGAAGAGUGUCUGUGAAACCACAUGCAUGAUGCUCUUGGAAUUACAUAUUUACAAAUUUUAUUAUUUUUAAUUUAAAUUUAGUUUAUGAAUAUAUAUUACUCUGUAUGUAAAAUAAAAAAUUAAAUAAUAA